AGGGAUUAUGAAGAUAGAUCUGUAUCCACAUGGCUACAGCAGUUAGCCAUGCAAUGCGACGUUAUCCUAUUUCACCACCGGAAGAGGAUUACGCAAACUACGGUUUCAGGACUCCAAUUCCUGGUCAAUCUUGGACACACAAAGAGGAACCCGAAAGUUCUUUAUCACGUUCGAUGCGUUACGCAGAUCCGUGGUUAUACGGGAGCGUUCGAGCUCCCGGAUUGGUGUUGGCACCAGCUUUGGUGUUGUGUUCCUGCCAAGAUUAUUUAAACGGGACGAAGAGAUCGUCGAAGAAGACCCACAGCGUUUGCAAGAAAUGCAAAGGUAAUCGGAUACCUUUAGCAACGGUUGAAUCAAAGUUUGGAACGGUGCGGUGUUAUCCCACAUCUCCAACUUUACCCACUCAAUGUGUUGUUGGAGGAACCGUGAGGGCAUCUUCGAAAUCGCGCCCAUCGAUUUUAACACCGGAUCCUUAUGAUUUAAUGAGGCGAUCGAGGAUGAGCGUAUCUGAUAGCUCAUCAAGUCAAUUUCGAGCUCGCUCAGUUUCGCCGAGUAAAACUAAACAAGAUGGGGUUAAAAACAAUUUGAGAUCAAAAUCUUCGAAUUCGGUUAAAUUUGGGACGGUUGGGAGGAAAUCGAUUUUGGAAUGCAAUGUAAAUCCUUAUGAAUUAAUGGGAUUGGAUCAAGAUUCGAGUGUUACGAUGGUGAACGGGCAAAGAAUUCGGAUUAAACCUAAUAAAGUUGUGGAGAAUAAUUACGAAGACGUGGAGGUGAAAAAAACAAUUUUGAAAACCCCGAUGACACCGAACAAAGUUGAAAACGAAAGUGAUUACCGUUUCAAAUCGAUUUUAAAAAAACCUUCAACGACUUUCAGUGACACCGAUGGCACCAGCGACCAGAUAACUUCUUCUUCUUCAUCCGCGAAAAGUGGGUCAAACUUUUACUUACCAUUACCAGUCAAGGCGACCACCUCCAACGUAAUAACCCCGAGAAAAAAGGUACAAUUUUUAGUACAAAACGAUUCCGUCAUUUACGAAAACGACGAUGAAAUUUCUUCCGAAACCGAUUCAUCCUCUUCAACGAGUAAUUUAUGUCAAUUACGGCGUUCGAAGAGCGAAAGAGUUAGCCAAGAAUUAAAGGUUAUUACACCGAUUUUUAAUGAUACCAUGGCGUUGAGGAAUAAAAUUUAUCAUCAUGGUGAUUCGCGCGAAAUUUUCUCCGGGGAUCUCGAAAAAUUAGAUGGGGUCGAUUUGGCGAAAUUAAAAGGUUUCGAUAAGAUUCGACCAAGAGGACCCCCUCCUUUACCACCACCACCACAACAUCCACCACCUGAAAUCCCUCAAAAAGAAUCACCAAAGAAUGUUAUUAAUAUUGUGUUUCAAGAAAAUGAUUUUGAUGAGAACGAGAAAAGAAAGUUAAUUGAGGAAAAUAAGAAGGUUGAGGAAUUUAAAAGGAUUGAGGAAAAUAAGAGAAAAGAAGAAAUUGAGAAGAAAAAAAUUGAGGAAUUAAAGAAACAAGAAGAAAUGUUAAAAAAAGAGUUUGAAAAGAGGAGAGUUGAAGAAAUUGAGAGAAAAAAACAAGAAGAAAUUGAGUUUCAAAGAAAACGAGAUGAAGAAGUAAUUAAGAAAGAAACCAAAACGAACGAAAUAAUUAUCAAAAAAAAUAUGGAGAACCUCGAUAAAUUAAUAAACGAAGAGAAUUUAAUAAAUAAAAAUGUUACAUCUAAAAUUGAGUUUGAAACUCCUCCAUCAGCUCCACCAAGAAAACGAAGCAACAACCACAAGAAUUUAACAAUAAUAAAUCAACCAAUUAUCGAAGAUAUCCCCAACAAAACGAUCGUGCGCAUAAACUCGAUCGAGGAAACCCCCCAAGUUCAUAAAUUAAAAAUAAAAAAUGAAUUCCAAGAGAAUUUACAAAAUUAUAAUUAUUUAUAUUCCGAUAAUAAUCAAGGAAAAACAUCGAUAAUGAUUAACGGAGAUGAUUGUUAUUGCACCGUUAAUGUUAGCGAUGAUAUCUCUCAUUAUCAAUCAUCGGUUGUUGUGAAAGAUUCCGGAAUAAUCAACAUUGAAACUCCAGAAAAACGAAGUAGUACUGUGUAUAUUUGUGGUGAUUUUAAUUCUAAAUUACCACCAACAAAAGAGAUUUUAAAAGAUGUUUCAUUAAAAGAUGUUACAUCAAAAGAUGUUUCGUUAAAAGAUGUUACAUCAAAAGAUGAUACAUCAAAAGAUGUUACAUUAAAAAAUCUUGAACCCAAAGAAAUAGGAUUACAAAUAAACCCAGAAUCUGAUAGUUUAAUGAUUGAAAAUGAGUUACCAAUGAUACAUCAAAUCUUAAACGACCCAGUUGAAGCUGUAAAAAGAAAUUUAGUUCCUCACGUUUGCGGAAAAUCGGAAAAUUCGCGUCGACCUCGCACCAAAAAAAUCAUCGAUUCAAACGAUUUGGUUGCGAAUUUCUUAAACGACUCCCUCUUGAGUUCUUCGGAACAUUUCGAAAAUAAUCACGUUUCGCAAUUGAUCGAGGAUUCAUUUACGAAGUUGCGAAAUCAUGAUGGGGGUGGGUUUGAUGAUGAUAAAGGUUCUGAGCAUAGUUCUUCUACGCAAUAUGAAAUUAUGGAUCCCGGAUCGGAUUGUUAUACUGAUAAUAGUAAUCGGAGUUCGGUUACGGAGGAGGAGCUUUGCGCGAGGUCGAAAUUUUAUGAGCUUUUGGCUGAAUCGGCGGUUGAAGUUUCUGAAGGGGAUGAUCAUCAUUAUGAGAGUAUUAAGGUUAAUUCUGAUCCGAUUUAUGAGGAGAUUGAGAUUCCUCCUCCUCUUCCGACUAAUCCACCACCGUCUACUUUGUUGGAUGAUCUCCAAUUGGAUAAAGAAUAUACUACAAGGUCAAUUUUUGAAGGAGCAUCCAAAUACGAUAUACUAAGUUAUCUAGUUGACGCCAAAGAACGCGGAAUUAUCCCCGAAGAUAGUUACACCUACAACUUUAAUAACUCCGGAAUCGUAAUCGAAGAAGAUGGAAAAGAUAACUCAGAACCUUACAACAGAGUAUCCCAACUGAGUACUGUAAGCGAUUCAAGUGAAGAAUGUUCUUUGGUUCUUCCAACCGUUGAAGAUAAAGUCCAAAGAUCCGUGGAAGUUGAAAGAAAUGAUUCUGGCGUGGGUUCCGAAACCAGUAAAAGUUCUUUAAGUAAAUACAGAACGAAACAAGAAUUAAGCGUAACAUGCGAAGAUUGUGAUAGCCCCGUUGAAAAUCAAACUGAAAAUGAACCGUUGAUUUGUAGAAAAUGUUUAAAAAAGCGUUCCGAACGCAAAGAGAUUAUAAGCGAAAUUGUUGAAACUGAAGAAAAAUAUAGUAGGGAUUUACAAAUUAUUUUAGAAGAAUUUUAUCAACCAAUGUUGGUUGCCGGGUUAUUAACUUCCGAACAGUUGUCUGCGAUCUUCUUAAAUGUCGAAGAAUUGUUAGAGAACAGCCAAGCAUUAGCCGAAAGACUUCGCGAUGCCGUCGAAAUCGCCAUCGAACAAGGCGACGAAGAUCUCCUUACGGUAAACAUCGGAAAAUUAAUUCUUGAAGCAGCUCCAAUGUUACACGCAUUCGAAACUUAUUGCGUAAGACAAGGAGCCGCCAGCUUAUUACUAGCAUCGUUAGAAAAAGAAAAAGAACUUCUCAGGAUAUUCUUGAGAGUCUCACAGAUGGAAAACACCGUGUUAAGACGAAUGAAUCUUAACUCGUUUUUAAUGGUUCCGGUUCAAAGAGUCACAAAAUACCCACUUUUACUGGCCAGAUUAUACAAGGUUACCUCGGUUCAUCACGAAACGCGGGAGCAAUUAAAGGAGGCCCAACACAAAAUCGAAUUGCACCUGAAUCAUAUGAAUUCGGAAACUAAAGAUGUACCCAGUAAAUUGUGGCGGAGAAUUAGUAAUAAUAACGGGAGGAGAAGCAGUUCCGAGAUGGAUUUGGUUAAUAUUAAGUUGAGGAAAAUUGCCGUUGACGUUUUGGAGUGGAAUCAUGAGGAAGCCAAAUUUGCGCUUGAAGGAAAAUUGUUGUUCACGCAACCGACGGAUAAUAAUUGGAGAAAGGGGAGGACUAUUAAAUUAACACCUGUUAAUGCUUUAUUGGUAACUAAUGGAAAGAUAUCGUCCAAUUCAUCAACCAGAACUGAUCCAUCCGAAGACGGUUUGAUAUUUUCACGUCAUUCAGGUGUUAGAGAGGCCGCCCUACUUCUUGUGCGGGAUAAAAAUGGUCGGUACUCUCUACUAAGAGAGCCACUUUACCUAGAUCGAUGCGUUAUUGCGGCCGACCCCGCAUGGCAAAGUUACUUUGAAGUGCAGGAACUGCUUGGGAAGGACACUUUUAUAUUUAAAGCUAAUGAUGAGGAUCAAACUAAAAUUUGGUACAGACAUUUACAAUAUUACGCCCAAGGUAUGGGAGCAUGGAGGAAAAGGCGGAAUGCUUUAGCUAAUAUAAUGAUUAAUGGAAUGGGAUUGAGAUCUUAAAAUAUGAAUUAAUUUAAUUAAAUUGGAUUUAUUUGAAUUAAUAGAGGAACCUCGCUUAAAAUUGUUUUUAAAAAUUUUAUUUUAUAUUAAUAAAGUUUCAAUAUAGGGGUGUGUAAAUAAUAUUUUUUUUAGUAUUUGUUAGCUGUGAUAUUUUUGGGUGCGGUUCAUUUUGGGUAAAUAGUUUUCUUCUAAACUCCGUAUCUGUAUGCAAAUAUUAUAAAGUAUGCACAAAUUUAUUCCAGUUAUAAGGGUAACGAUAUUAAUAUUGAUUAAUCUGCACAUUUCUUUUAAUGUUUAUCCCCUUAAUUUUUAAUAUGUAUUAGCAAUAAAUUAAUAAUUAAGAAAUAUUUAAAAAAUGUAACAGAAAACAUUUGGUUAUCAUUAAUGUUUAAGUUAAUUUUAUUGAUAUUAUUUUAAACAUUGUGUAUAAAAAUGUAAAAUUGUU